GCAGGCAAAGUCACAGUGUCUUUCAGUCUCUCUCACACCAAAGAACUAAAGAUGUCGCCCAAAUUCGCACUUGCAAUUCUGCUCUUCAGCUGCCUUCUCCUGGGAAUCGCAAAUGCCCAGCAAUACCGGUACCCACAACAAGUCUAUAACAGGCCAUACGGUGUUCGGAAUUUGGGUGGCUCAGGCCCAUUACCGCCAAACUUCCCCCCUCCGGAAAACGCUCCUCAAACGGCUGGCCCUCCUCCAGAAGCAAUGGAUUGCUUGCCCAAUCAACUGGCCGCCAAAACUCCUGACAACAAGACACCAAGACCCAGGCCCCAGGGCUAGAAACAAAUCCGAUCUAAAAUAACUAUGUAACCUUUCAAGCAUCAACUCAUUAUAAUUGAUUUGGAAUGUAUUAAUUGUAAAUCAGCAAUUCAUUGUUGGUUGUAAUAAAAAUAUAUACAAAUUUUGAAAAUACA